UGGCUUCAUCCCUAUUCAGCUCUUGCACUGGAGAGGAAAAAGGUAUUUCCUUUCAACAUUAAUUCUUCUAGAAAAUUGAAUAAUGAGAAAGAUUCUCUCGGUGAUAUCAAUUUUAAUCUUCUGAUUCUGAGUAAUAUCUAUCAUAACCCUGUACAAGCACAUGGACCAGUUCUUUCAAGUGCGGAGCCGGCUACUAAUCAUAUGCCUAAGCAUGGUCUCCAUGUUCUUCAUAAUUUUGCAUUACUCAGCUGGGUUAGCGAAGGAAUAUGCGAUCGUGUUGGUGAUCAUCCAAGAAUUUUUUAAAAGUUCGUCCAUGCUCUAUGUAAUUUACUUUUACAUCAAGAAUGCCACCGAAUUUGUUGAUGAAGAAAGAGGAAAAUAAAACUAUUGCUUUUUUGAAGGUAUUCUUUUGUCUCUUCAUCACUUUCUUUGGCAUUCUGAUGUUCAUUUGGGCAGUACUUUGGAUUGGAAAAUAUAUCACCAACCCGCCUUGCAGAGACAUUGUCUGGCUGCUUUACCGAUUAAUCACUCUAUCUCUAAUCAUCUUCACUGUUUUUGUGGGUAUUCGUAUUCAAAAACGGGUUAAGGCAAAAACAAUUUUGCUGUAUGGUUAUGAUCGCAGGACUUCAAAACUAAAAGAGGAAAAAAUUCCACUUCAUCAUGAGAUUACAGUGGGAAGUGUAGUAGAAAGCACUGAGACCCAUUCAGACCUUUCAAUAGGGGUUUUGGCAAAUACUCAACAGCAUGAUUCCAUAAAUAAGACUCUUCGCCAUAUGUGGGUUUGAUUUGCAGUAAUUAUCUUUAUAUGACUCUGAGAUUGAAUCUAUAAUCUUUAUUGGCAGUUUGUUCCAGGCUUUGAAAGUUGAGACAAAUUCACCAAUAACCCGAUGGCAACCGCUUGGAUCUUCCUUUUAAUCAGACUCAUAAGCCUUUUUCUUAUAUUCUUCCCUGUCAUAUUCACCUUCUUAGGAUGGAAAUUUGUAACUUAUGUCUUCUGAUGGCCUUGAAAGAAGAAAAAGCAAAGAGACCCAGACGAAGAUGCUGAGUAUUACUCUGACCUCUAAAAGCCGGUACUUUGAGCUAUUCUCUCCAUUUUCAAUGAAAUCUCAAAGACGGUGUCUAAUUCAUAAAAAUAUUUCCUGCAACUGUU